CCUAGCAGUGCACUUUUCCAGUCAAAACAGUUGAAGAUCCUGGAGACUAGUCAUGGCGCCUCCACAUGGUGAUGGUAAUGAAGUUGCGGAGGAGGUCAUGGUAACAGAAACAGAGAAAAGAGCCAUCUCAACAAUUGUCAUCGUCAUUGCAAUGCAGGAAGAAGCAAUUCCACUAAUUAAAAAGUUCAACCUCUCACAGGACACUAAUCCUUUGUUUCCAAAAGGAGUUCCUUGGGUCAGAUAUCAUGGGAUUUAUAGAGAUUUGAACAUUAAUCUAAUCUGGCCUGGAAAAGAUUUGAAUUUGGGGGUUAAUAGUGUAUGCACAGUUUCAGCAUCUCUAGUAACUUAUGCUUCCAUUCAAGCAUUAAAACCAGACCUAAUCAUAAACACAGGCACUUCUGGUGGUUUUAAGGCAAAAGGGGCAUGCAUUGGAGAUGUAUACAUAGCAUCUGAUGUUGCAUUUCAUGAUAGAAGGAUACCAAUACCAGUUUAUGAUGCAUAUGGAGUCGGUGCAAGGCGAAGCUUUUCAACCCCUAAUCUUUUAAAGGCACUUAAUUUGAAGGUUGCUAAAUUGUCUACCGGCGAUUCGUUGGAUAUGUCUCCGGAGGAUGAAGUAUUUAUUACCGCGAAUGGUGCGACACUCAAAGAUAUGGAGGGAGCAGCAGUAACAUAUGUGGCAUAUCUCUUAUCGGUUCCUGCAAUAUUCAUAAAAGCUGUUACUGAUAUUAUUGAUGGGGAUAAACCUACAGCAGAGGAAUUUCGACAGAAUUUGGCAGCAGUGACUGUUGCACUUGAUGCCGCAGUCACCCAAGUAAUCGAUUUUAUAUCUGGAAAGUCCAUGUUGGAGCUUUAAGACUUGGACAGAAAUUAUGAUAGAAGGAAGCUGACAUCAUGAAUUGCUAUUUCGAAAGAAAUUUUAUUUUCUUGUUAUACUCCAUACGAAAAGGAACUGUUCCUUCAUGAUCUGUUUUUCUUUGUUAACUGUAACAUUUUCUGCUACUUUAAGUGACCUUCAUAUUGUUUUGCCAGAGUAAAAAUAAAAAUCCAGCUUUAGUUUUCCAGGCUUUGAAAUAUUUUACAC